ACGGUAACAGUUGCAUAAAAGAAAGUCAGCAGGAGACUGUACAUGUAAUAAAAAGGCUUCAAUAACAUCAAAAGAAGCGAGUGUAGAAAAUUGUAAAGUAGAGGAAAUAUACGUUGCGAGACCUCCUUCGUGUCGAUUUCAAUCUCGGCGAACGAGAGAAUAACCCGAGAGGGUCAUCUCUCCAUCAGUAAUUGUCGAGUCGAGAUUCGUUUCUUGAAAUGACAGAAUGUCAAAAUCGCUUAAAGAGAAGAAAGUUUUGUCCCUAAUGAGACCAAAGUUCUUAACAAGACUUUGGAUAUUGUGAGAAUAAAUAUUUAGUUUGUGGGCUAAUGUAUUGUCGUUUCGUUUGGCUUGAGUCACAUUACAUCAAUAACGGUUAGACAAGCGAUGGUAACGUUUUGUUUUUUGUUGUUUUUGUUGUGUAUUAUUGAGAAUAUUAUUAUUGGUAUUAUUAUUAAUAUUGAUAUUAUUAUUAUUGUUAUUAAUAUUGUCACGCCUGUUGUCACUAUUUUGAUUCGGCCGAUUACUGUUCUUACUAACAACAGAUGAUGUAGUUGAUUGCUAGAAAAAACUACGAUCAUUAUAAAUUUCAUCUAUGGAAAUGUUCAUCGUAAACAGACAAUUCAACCAAAUAUUCUGGGAUUUUUCUGUAUUAUCGAUGAAUUUGCCCAUAAUUAUUAGAAAAUGUUAAUAAGUAAUUCGUCCGUUUAUCAUCUUUGUGUAUAAUACCUUUGUCACAUGAGAAAAUCUGGACGAACUUGGUUUAGAUCAAAUAUAUCUGUUAAAUUUGAAGAAUGAGAUGAAAAAGUAAUAUCAUAAACUCCUUUGCUGUCUAGAGAAACAUGUGCUUGACAGAAAAAAAUAACAGCGAGAAAAAUGACCGUCGUCUAAUUUUUUCUAGUUAUUUUUAGUGUUGUGUCUUGUUAUGCCUCUUUCAAAGAAAAUAUUGUACAAAAAUUAGUCUUUCUGCGACAGUGGUAUAUCGUAGUGUCUUCUAUCAAUUGGGUAUUUUUGUUUUAGUGUAGAUAUUGACAACGACUGCUUCUAAUGACAGAAAUCUUAGUCUAUUCAUCAAGAUUUUAGAAGCUUGAUCAGUUUUUCUCAUAACUUAGAUAAAUUAAACAUUAAGAUCCUGUACUAGUAUACAGUUUUAGAUACAAUAUAGAAAAGUAUAGUCUAGAUGAGCAUGGUCCCUUAAAUUGACGCAAUUAACCUAAUCGUAGUAAUAAAUAUUGUUCAUUAUGAGCAACAAGAUCGAAACGUUCAUUUUAUUCAAGAAAUAUUUCAUCUUUAGAUGACAAUAUAUUUUCGAAUGUGAUAUGAUUUUAAGAUUAAAAUGAACGCAAGAUCUCAAACAUUCGAAUUUGUAAGUAACAACAAAAUCUUUUAAAACCUUAAGUGUAAGUUGCGUUUACAAUAAGUAUGUUCGUCUUAAGACUAUGAUAUUUGGUAAUCCAGAAAGAGUUUCAAUUAUUUUGUUUAUCUAGGCUGUCGAAGGCAGACAAAUUGAUGAAGUUGUUUCAUGCAUGUUUCAUACCAUUCUGUUUCAUCGUUGUGUUGGUAAAUAUCAUACAAAGGGUGAAGAUAGUUAUUCUGUUGGCACAUUAGGUUAUACAGAUGUUGAUUGUGAUUUUAUUGAUUGCACAUAUUUACAUGUUACAAGUCAAGAAUUACAACGUGCUGUUGCGGAAAAAAUAAGUCAAUUUCACGAUGCAUUACGUUCGUCAGAUACUGCUCGCUCUGGACAAAUUACACUUGAAUUUUAUCAAAAGAAAAAACAACGUUGGGUAUUUAGUCCUGAAUCAGUACCAUGGGAAAUAUGGACAGUAAAAAUUGAAUUAAUGCAACUUUCUAAUGAAAAUGAAAGACAAUUUAUACGUGAAAAAUUAACGGAUAGUUUAAGCGAGCGUAUAUUUCAAAUAACAGAAAUUAUAAAUCGACCAGACUAUGUUCCAAAACCGUCGCAUUUAUCUGAACUUGAUCUUGUAUUCGAUACAACUUUUGUAGAUAUUCAACCGUACUUAUUCACAAUCUCCUUCAGUCUUGAUGGUCCACAAAAUUUAUCUGUUGGUCUUGCUAUGCGUCGAUUAAUUAAAGAUGCCUUUGGAACAUCCUUAUAA